GUCAGUGUAAAUGUGAGGUUGGUUGGUGGUCACAGUCGCUGUGCUGGUACAGUGGAGGUUCUUCAUAGAGGUCAGUGGGGAACAGUGUGUGGUGAUGACUGGGAUAUGGCUGAUGCUGCAGUGGUGUGUAGAGAGCUGGACUGUGGAGAACCUGUAGAUGCUCUGGGUGAUGCUCAUUUUGGACCAGGAUCAGGACUAGUCUGGAUGAGUUUUGCCACAUGUACUGGAUCGGAGUCAACACUGAAGAACUGUGGAUCAUCAGGAUGGGGUAAAAGCAAUUGUAAUCAUACUGAAGAUGCUGGAGUCAUCUGCUCAGAAGUCAGACUGGUUGGAGGUUCUCGCUGCUCUGGGAGGUUAGAGAUACUUGAUAAUCAGACGUGGGUUUCAGUGUGUGCUGCUGCCUUUGACCAGCAGGAUGCAGAGGUUGUGUGUAGAGAGCUGGACUGUGGGGCUCCUGUACAGGUGCUGGGAGAAGAUGCUUUUGGAAAAGGAGACGCUCAGAUGUGGACACAAGAGAUUCAGUGCAGAGGAAAUGAGUCUCAGAUUCACCUCUGUCCAACAUCAAUUUCACAUGGAAAAAACUGUUCUCAUGGAAACAAUGUUGAAUUUGCGUGUGCAGAUGGUGUGAAUGUGAGACUAGUAAACGGUCACAGUCGUUGUGCUGGUAGAGUGGAGGUUCUUCAUAGAGGUCAGUGGGGAACAGUGUGUGGUGAGGACUGGGAUAUGGCUGAUGCUGCAGUGGUGUGUAGAGAGCUGGACUGUGGAGAACCUGUAGAUGCUCUGAGUGAUGCUCAUUUUGGACCAGGAUCAGGACCAAUCUGGAUGAGUACUGUGUUAUGUACUGGAUCAGAGUCAACAUUGAAGAACUGUGAGUCAGCAGGAUGGGAUAAAAGCAAUUGUAAUCAUACUGAAGAUGCUGGGGUCAUCUGCUCAGAAGUCAGGCUGGUUGGAGGUUCUCGCUGCUCUGGGAGGUUAGAGAUACUUGAUAAUCAGACGUGGGUUUCAGUGUGUGCUGCUGCCUUUGACCAGCAGGAUGCAGAGGUUGUGUGUAGAGAGCUGGACUGUGGAGCUCCUGUACAGGUGCUGGGAGAAGAUGAUUUUGGCAAAGGAGACGCUCAGAUGUGGACACAAGAGAUUCAGUGUAGAGGAAAUGAGUCUCAGAUUCACCUCUGUUCAACAUCACUAUUUCAUGAAAACAGCUGUUUACAUAACAACAAUGUAGAACUGGUGUGUGCUGAUGUAAUGAAUGUGAAGCUGGUUGGUGGUAACAGUCCUUGUGCUGGUCGAGUGGAGGUUCUUCAUAGAGGUCAGUGGGGAACAGUGUGUAAUGAUUUCUGGGAUUUGGCUGAUGCUGCAGUGGUGUGUAGAGAGCUGGACUGUGGAGAACCUGUAGAUGUUCUGGGUGAUGCUCAUUUUGGACCAGGAUCAGGACCAAUCUGGAUGAGUGUUUUAUUUUGUUUUGGAAUGGAGUCUACACUGAAGAACUGUGGAUCAGCAGGAUGGGGUAAAUCUACCUGUAAUCAUAAUGGUGAUGCUGGAGUCAUCUGCUCAGAUCAUAAACAUUCCAGACUUACCAAUGGACCUCACUUGUGCGCUGGGAGGUUAGAGAUACUUCAAAUAAACACGUGGGUUUCAGUAUGUGCUGCUGCCUUUGACCAGCAGGAUGCAGAGGUUGUGUGUAGAGAGCUGGACUGUGGGGCUCCUGUACAGGUGCUGGGAGAAGAUACUUUUGGAAAAGGAGAUGCUCAGAUGUGGACAAAAGAGAUUCAGUGCAGAGGAAAUGAAUCUUAUAUAUCUUUCUGUCCAGCAUCAUCUUCUCUCAAACAAGACUGUACCCAUGAGAAUGGCGUUGGACUGUUAUGUUCUGGUUACACUGACCUCAGACUGGUCAAUGGUUCUGACAUCUGUUCUGGUCGAGUUGAACGUCUGUACUUCAAUUCCUCUCUGGCUGUUCAUGAUGGUCUGGUGCGGUUGUCUGGAGAGAGACAGUGUGAGGGGGAGGUGGAAGUUUCCAUCCAUCAGGUCUGGAGGAGAGUUCUGCUGGACUCCUGGAGUCUCACUGAAUCCUCUGUGGUCUGCAGACAGCUGGGCUGUGGCUCUGUGCUGAACUUCUCCGGCUCCUCUUCAUCCAGUCCUGAACACAGUCAUGAGUGUGUGACAGGCUUCCAGUGCUCUGGGAGUGAAGCUCAUCUGGGGAACUGCAGCUCUCCACAAACUCUCAACUGCAGCUCCACACAACAGCUGUCAAUCACCUGCUUUGGUCGUGGGUCCAUCAGGCUGGUGGGUUCUGGGGGAGACUGUGCAGGGAGGCUGGAGGUUUUUCACAGCGGCUCAUGGGGGACAGUGUGUGAUGACUCCUGGGAUAUUAAAGAUGCCCAUGUGGUGUGCAGACAGCUGCAGUGUGGAGUGGCCCUCAGUAACCAGCAGGUACCAGCCUGGUUUGGUCCUGGUUCUGGACCCAUAUGGCUGGAUGAGGUGGAGUGUGAGGGGAAUGAGACGUCCCUGUGGAACUGCUCUUCUCCAGGCUGGGGAAAACAUGACUGUAAACACAAGGAGGAUGUAGGAGUCGUGUGCUCAGAGUUUAAAGAGAUCAGGUUAACUGAGGGCUGUGAAGGGAAUGUGGAGGUUUUCUACAAUGGAUCCUGGGGUAAUGUGUGUUACAAUAAGAUGGACAGAGACACAGCGAGUCUGAUCUGUAAGGAGCUGAACUGUGGAAGAUCUGGCAGUGAACCCAAUUUUUCAAAGGGACUGAAGUCUCAAAAUUGGCUGGAUUAUUUUAAAUGUCGACGUUAUGAUUCAACUCUAUGGCAGUGUCCAUCUUCACCCUGGGGACUGAAUGACUGUGAUAAUGAAGUGGCAAAGAUCAUCUGCUCUGAGAAGGAGAAUCCUGAAUCUCCUCAGAGUCGUCUGACAUGUUUUACCUCACCAUCUCCUCACCAGAGACAGUGUUCAGAGCGUCUUCCUCUCAGACUGAGUGGAGGGGAGGGCCGGUGCUCUGGGAGGCUGGAGGUGUAUCAUAACGCUGUGUGGGGCUCAGUCUGUGAUGAUCUGUGGGACAUCAGCGAUGCUCAGGUGGUCUGCAGGCAGCUGGGUUGUGGAGCAGCACUGAGGGCUGAUGGGAAUUCAGUCUUUGGUGAUGGUGAAGGUGUUGUGUGGCUGGACAGUGUCGAGUGCAGAGGGAAUGAGAUUCACCUGUGGGACUGUCCUCUCUCCCUGAAGAACCACACUGACUGCUCCCACAAAAAGCACGCUGGACUCAAUUGUAUUUGUCAGUGUCCUACUCCUGCCACACCAACAUCAUCUUCUCCUCCAGUUUCUCAGACAGUGAGCUCAACAUCAGUCUCUCGUCCACAAACUCCUCCAGCAGCGUCUCUCUCUGUGCUUGUGAUUGUACUGGGAGUUGUGCUCUUACUGCUCUUAGUGCCACUGCUUAUACUGAUUCAGCAGAACAGAGUGAUGAGGAAAGCUCUCUCUGACUGGUACACAGGACUACACAGGGCUCCAAGUGAGGUAGUUUAUGAGGAAAUUUAUCACAGACACAAUCACUUAACUCAUACAGGGAGUCUCAUCUCUGAAGAUCUGCGUCCUGGGCAUGAAGAUGUGGAUUCACUUCUCUCAGAGAGGGCGAAUGCAGGCACAUCAGGAUACUAUGAGGAAAUCAUCAUUGAUGGACCAAAACCCGAUCGUGAGACAGAUGACACACCAGAGGACUAUGAUGAUGUCAUUACCAGUGGACAGACCAGUGGUACUGAAAAAGUGGACACACCAGAGAAUUAUGAUGAUGUCAUCAUUAAUGGACAGUGCUCUCAAUGUGUAAUGGAGGGGGAUCAGGAGGAGUAUGAUGAUGUGUGGAGUAUCACUGAAGACUUGAGAAACUUGUUAGACUAUGAUGAUGUGGAGGAGUCAAACAAUGAGAGAGAAACUGCUUGACUCAAUGGUCACACCCACUGCCACUGUUCAUUACAACUUUUUUUUUUUUUUUUAUGAAUUUAACAAAACUGAAAUACUUGGCAAAAUUUUGACACAAUACUUGUAGAGUUGCCUUUCUCUAUUCAAUAUUUCAAUAUUCUUUGAUAAACUACUUAAAAAUGGUCAUUAACAAAAUCUUGAUCAACAGAAUUACUGCUAACAUUAUAAUUUCUAAAUAUUGUUUAUUGUCAUGAUUUCCACAGUUCAGUGUUAUGAAUCAGAGUCAGGGUUAAAUGUUUCUUACACUUAACUAUUUAUUUCCUCUUUCUGAGGAAUGUAGGAGAGUCUUCCAGUGACAAAACAUGAUAGUUACAAUGUCUUGCACAAAUAUGUUUUCCGAACAUUUGUUAAAUAUGUUAGAAAACAUUGUUGAAUGAUGUUUGCAUAAAUGUUAUUCAGUGGCUGUGAAGUUGUACAUUUACACCAAUAGAAAAGAACUGACCUAAUAAGAACUCAAUUGCAUUAUAUUGUAGGAUGCAAUAUACAAAAUGUAUAUACUGAAUCUUUAAGCCAACAGCAUUUUUUAAAGAGAAAGAUCUUUCUCAUUAUUUGAGAGAUCAUAAUGCUCAUCUACUCCUGAUUCCUGAAUUGUUCUGAUUACAGCUAAAGAAUGUUAAUUAAAGACAAGAAUGACUCUUUUAAGAAUAUCUGAUUCAUUAUCUUGAUUAUUCUCUUGUCUGUCUUUGAUGUGGUUGUAUUUUAGAGAAAUUUUUAAUAUGGUUCAUAUUGAAUUUAUCUCUAUUGUGAUUUUCUAAUUUUUUUUUUAUUAUUAUUAUUAAAAGUAUGUUCUGUUAACUCAUAAUUGUUUAAGCAGAAAAAAUAAACUUCAAACUUUAUGCAGUCUAAAGUACUACUCUGACAAAAUAUAUCUUGAAAAGUGAAUAUGCAAUUCUAGGCAUUUGGCUAUUGACUAUUCAUGCUGGUUUGUAUUUAAAAGUGUUGGAGAUUUGGAGAUUAUGCUUUGAU